AUGUCUUUAGAGACCGAAGAAGGGACACAAGAUGUGUGCGAAGCUAUGAAGACUCUGAGGAUCGGCAUUGCACCGAUUAAAGCGGAGUUCUUAUUGCCAAAAUGUGAUCAGUCUCAAACAAUAUCGCAAGAAUCCUCUUCUAAUGGGAUCAUCCCAAAUGAAGAUCAAGAAGGUGGCUCGGGUACUGAGGCGAAGAAACGAGAUAAAAAGAACAGAAAAGGAAUGAACAAGAACAGGAUGAAAGAGAUGAAGCAAGCCGAAACACUAAUACGGGCUGCUAGUACUAGGUUAUGUCCAUCUAUCAUUCAACCUGUGAAGUGCAAGUUCGGUGAUAGUUGUUGCCUGGAGCAUGACAUACCGACGUUUCUCGCCAAGAAACCUCCAGAUAUUGGCCAAAUUUGUCCACUGUUUGAAGCAAGAGGAACUUGUCCAUUCAGCUUUGCAUGUCGUUUUGGUGGUGCCCACACUGAUGCGACGGGAAAGCAGAUCUCCAAGGAAACUGACUUUCCUUACCAAGAAACGAUCAACGCCUCCUCAAUCCAGAUUCAGAUUGCUCUUAGGAAACGAACUUUUAAUUUCAGACGUUCUGAUGAGGGAAACUUGCCAUUCCGUCGCCUUUGUGUGGAGUAUGGUGCAGAUAUUACAUGUGGUGAAAUGGCAUUGGCCACUAGCCUUCUGUCAGGAACGCCGUCAGAAUAUUCCUUAGUGAAAAGACAUCCAUCUGAGAAAAUCUUCGGUAUUCAAUUAGCCGGCGGCUUCCCUGAUACAAUGGCAAAAUCUGCUCAGAUUCUUGUUGAUGAAAUGGAAAUAGAUUUUAUUGAUAUAAAUUUGGGAUGUCCAAUAGACGUUGUAAACCAGAAAGGAGGUGGUUGUGCUUUGGCGAAUCGUUCGAAUAAAUUGGUGGAAGUGAUCUCAGCAAUGCGAGGUGUAAUGCGUGGUGUGCCACUUACUGUGAAAAUCCGCUCUGGACUUAAGGAAGGAGUUCUUACAGCCGACGAAACCAUUAGAACUAUGGUCGGAUCUUGCAAACCGGAUCUUAUUACAUUUCAUCCUAGAAGCAAAGAACAAAGGUACACAAAAUUGGCAAAUUGGGAGUUCGUUAAUCCAUGCCUCAGUGCAUGCGGCGAUGUUCCUCUCUGGGUGUGUGGCGAUAUACUCAGCUGGGAAGACUAUUAUCAGAGAAUUGAACAGUAUCCGAUUAGUGGCGUUAUGAUUGGACGAGGUGCUCUCAUUAAGCCUUGGAUUUUCAUUGAAAUAGAGGAACGUAGGACAUGGGAUAUUUCUGCGAAUGAACGUUUAGAACUGCUAAAAAAGUAUAUUCCUGUGGGUCUCCUUGAACGGCUUCCACAACGAAUCAAUGAUCGUCCUCCACUUUAUCGAGGUCGAAAUGAACUGGAAACAUUGUUGAGUAGUCCCCGUGCAGCCGAUUGGAUUGAGAUAAGCCGCAUGUUGUUAGGACCUACUCCCGAAGGGCUUGGUGUCAUGAAGCGAGAAGCUUCGGCCAUGGACUGGACGUCCAUGAAUGGCGCUGACGCAAAACCACCUGUGCUCGAUCGCGUAGCUCCUUAUACAAUUCAGGCACAAGUGAACGGAAAUGAUGCAGCGGGAGAUCGACACCAACAAGGUCAGCAGGGAGAUGGUGGUGGUGCUGCAAAUGGUGAAAUCGAUGAUGAUUUACAAGCAGCUCCUGGUAUCGAAGUACGCGGCGAAAUUCGCGUUCUUGCGCAAACGGUAGUUAUUUCUGAUGUAUCCUUCCCUGGCGAAUCGUUCAGCGUUCACACAGAGAUCACAGCGUUGCCACUUUCCUCAGAUCUAAAAAAUAUUCAUUUACACUUGGGAUCAUGUGCCCAUCUACCUAGCGAAACAGGACAUAAUGGAAGAGUAACGAUAAACAGUGUUGAAUGUUUAUAUUCUCGCAUAUCCGAGCCAGUGCUUUCUGGGCACGUAACUAGUGCUUCGAUUAUGGAGGGAUUGCCACGAUACUAUGACUCCAUAAAAGAAAAAGAUGCUUUCUUGGAAAUUGUCAUCCCAGAUGCCCUCAGACUUACUGUUCAGCUUUUGAAGUGCAUUACGAUUGCUGUCGAUGUGGUAGUAAGGAAACCAACACAGGGUAUCCAGUUCGUAUAUAACCUUGCUGUAGAUGGAACAAUAGAUAAAGGGGCACAUCUGUUCACGUACAGAAGCUCUCUUCUAACAAGCACGCGCGAAUGGCUUCCGUGUGUAGAUGCCCCGGAUCAGCUGGCACUUUGGCGUUUACACCUAACAUGCGAAAGCUGGAUGACUGCUGUGGCAAGCGGAGAUCUAGUUGGAUUUGAUAGCCAUUCUGACAAACGCUUAAGAACCUGGAACUACCAACAGUUAGUGCCAACUGCAGCUUGCAACAUUGGAUUUGCGAUUGGACAAUUCUCUACCUACACACUGCCGGAUAUGGCUGAAAUUACCAGCUUUGCACCUGUUGGGCUGCUUUCGCUCUUGAAACAUACGGUUGCGCCACUUGACAAGAUUCUGGAAUAUUUCGAAGAGCUAUUAUCUUGCCGGUUCCCUUAUCCUACAUACAAACAGGUUUUUGUAGAUAUGAUUCCUGAUGAAGUCACAUGCUAUAGCAGCAUGUCGAUUUUUUCGCUGAGUACUCUUCAUCACAAAAAGAUCAUUGACGUUGUUCAGGAGUGUCGUCAGCUACUUGCAUUAGGAGCAUCACAACAGUUUUUCGGCUGCUUCAUCUCUCCAGCACAUUUUCUGGAUUGGUGGUUAGUGCGCUCUCUGUCAAAAUUCAUAACUUCAUUAUACAUCGAGAAAAUAUUUGGCACAAGCGAGUAUCUUUUUCAAAUCAAGAAAUUAUUAAAUGCUGUGUGCGAUUACGAAUCCCAGUGGGGAAAGAUUAUCUUGCGGCCAUCAGUCGAAGUACCUGGUCGCAUGAAUUUGCACUGCGAACCAAGAUGUGAACAUACUUGCUCUCCACUCUAUGCGGAUAACAUGGCGAAGAAAGGACAUCUAGCAAUGCGAAUGCUCAGCAAGAGACUGGGACAGGAGCCGUACUUCCAAGUCCUGCACAAAAUCCUCUCAGUGGGCCAGCAAAUGGCGGAGAAACGUGACAGACCAGCCACAUGGACGCAUCUCGUUGUAUCCACGGAAACAUUUUUCCGAACAGUCACCAACGUAACUGGACAGGAGAUACCUACUUUCAUGGAACAGUGGAUUCAUAAUGGGGGGCACGCAUCGUUUCGAGUGCAAUAUGUGUUCAAUCGCAAGCGGAACAUGAUAGAGUUAGAAGUGAGGCAAAAAGUCGAACCUGGAAAUGGGCGGUUAAGGUACGUCGGUCCGCUCACGGUUUUGGUCCAAGAACUGGAUGGCUCCUUCUCACAUACAGUUCAAAUUGAUGGGGACAUUUCCAGAGCAGAUCUUCAGUGCCAUUCAAAGGGAAGACGGCAGAAAAAGAAACGUGUCCCUCUGUAUUCUGGCGACGACGUUGAAGUGGAUUUGAGCAACAUGGAUCCAGAUUCUCCAGUUUUGUGGAUAAGACUCGAUCCUGAGCUCCAUCUCAUAAGGAAUAUGGUGAUCAACCAGCCUGAUUAUCAGUGGGAAUAUAUGUUGAGAUAUGAGCGGGAUGUUCUAGCACAGCUUCAGGCAUUAGACCGUUUACAAUUAUGCCCUAAUCCCCAGAGCAGAGAUGUGUUGUUGGAAACAAUUUCUAAUGACAACUUCUUCUACAGAGUACGAAGCCAUGCUGCAUAUGCGCUUACUGAGGUCUUGAAUAAAAUGCCGGAGACGUGGUCGGGUGUCCCUGCUCUUUUAAGCUUGUACAGAAAAAUCUAUGGUGCAAAGUCCUGCCCCAUGCUCCCGAGAUCUAACAAUUUCGUAGUUACUUCGCAAAAUCUUCAGCAAUACUUUCUGCAACAGGCACUUCCUCAAGCGUUAGCAAGAAUGCGAACAAAUGGUAUGGCUUUGCAAGAAGUACAGUGCUUCAUUGUUGAUUAUAUUCGAUAUAAUGACAAUUCGAUAAAUAGAUAUGCGGAUGACCAUUACCGUGCUUCUUUGCUAAAUGCAUUGGCAGCUUGUGUAGCUCCAGUGAACACUUUGGGUGGAGGAAAUUAUAUACCGGAUGCUUUAAGUUGGGAGAUGAAUGAAGUAGUUGAGGAAACAACACAUGCUCUCAACAUGGACACUAUUAAGCCGUCUUUCCGCCACGUUGUAGGCGUGGCAGCGCUUUCAGUCAUUCAUCAUAUGCAACGUAAUGGUCACAUACCUUCGGACUCAAAAAUCUUCUGGGUGUUCGCAGCCCCGAAGUUGUGUGUGAACAUGCGCAAAGCUGCUCUUCAUAUUAUCGUCGAGCGAUUAUCACAGUCACGUAAGAAGCAAUCUACUAAUGAUCUUAUGCGCUUAUUAUCCAUGUUGGCACAAGAUACAGAUCCGGCGAUUCGAUUACACAUCGCUACGCUGCUAGCACUUAUGCCGCCUUUUAGUGCUCAUGAAUGCACUGACACUGGUCCAACAAAUCCGUGCAAUACAGUCCAAGUCGCUGAUGAGCUUUGGUCGCUUAUGAGCAAAACCUCUUUGGACUCCCGUGUUCGAAUGCUGCUUAUGGACUUAUACUUCUCCUUAUACGGUAUGGCCACUCCGUUCGUAAAAGGAGGUCCAGCCAUGAUUUCUGGACACCAGCGUGCAAAGCGGCGGCCGUGUGAGGGUAAAUCCAAUGUCUCUGGAUGGCACAAUGAAAUUCUGGAUGGCGAACAACCACCCUCGCCAGAAUCAAGAUCUUUCAGUGAAGAUAUUGACAUGCUACAAUAG